AUGAACGAGGCUGCUAAGUACGAGGACACCGAUGUGGUAAACGAGGACAAGCUGGCGAACGGUCUAACCAGCAACCAGCAACCACCUCAGGACGUCAAGCCAGCCUUGAUGGUUUGCCGCCUACAAAAAGCGUACGGCUAUACGGACACCAACGUAGUGUUGCGGGGCCUAAGCUUCACUGUGCCGUCUGGCGAGUGCUUCGGCCUCCUUGCCGUCAACGGGGCGGGAAAGACUACCACGUUUAAGAUACUGACCGGAGAAAUACUUCCGCAUGACGGCGACGCUUUCAUUGAUGGAUUCUCCAUAUUUGGCGAACUGCUCAGUUUUCAUCGCUACCUGGGCGAUUGUCCGCAGCGCGGCGGACUUCUGGAUUGGCUGACAGGCGUCGAGACGUUAGUGCUCUACAUUCGACUGCAUGGAAUCUCGCCGACCAGCGGGUACCUCAACACGUUGCUUUACAUAUUUCGCCUGGACGAAAUCGGCGAUCAACUCGUGGGAACCUACAGUUUCGGCAACCGGCGCAAACUUUCCAUAUGCAUCUCAAUGAUCGGCAUGCCUAAGGUGCUUCUGCUGGAUGAGCCGUACGACAGUGUCGAGACGACAUCGCGGAAGCGCAUCGCCAAAUACAUCAACUCUCUGCAGCAUGUUGCCCAGAUUGCCAUCGUUCUCACCUCUCACAGCCUAUCGGACGUGGAGUUCUUGUGCAACCGCAUCACCAUCCUGGGGGACGGCAAGCUGCAGUGCCUGGAGUCGCUCGCACACUUGAAGGACAAGUUUGGGAAGGGCUACACCAUCACGGUAAGGACGUACCCAGACCGCCAUCAGGACUUCUCCUACCACCAACACGUCGCUAAUGCCGUGCGUGCAAACUUCCCCGAGGCGGAGCUCGUGUACAGCUACGAGGGCCUGCUCGAGUUUCGAAUGUCUCGCGUGCAAAUGCUGUGGAGCGAAAUGUUCACGAACAUGGCCCGGGUGAAGAAGCGCUUCACGCUGCACGACUUCUUCAUCACGGACACGUCGCUGGAGCACAUAAUCCUGAGCGUGAAGCGGAAGGAGGCCAGCGAGGCAGCAGCUAAGGCGGUCAAGGCAAAGGCGCACCACAAGUCGAAGAUCGCCUCUACGCUUGGAAUUCGACUUCAGAUCUGUGUAGUACACCGCGUACGAGUUCAAUAUGUGUUACCAUCAUUUCAGUACGAGCGCCGGUGCGCGUGUUCAUCAGCGUUCUUUACAGAGUUCUCGGACUCUUGCGAAUUCUGCGGGACCCUUUUGAUCGCUCAGCUGUAA